AUGUCUUUCUUCUCAUCAUGGAUCAAAGCUAUUUUAAUCAUUGGCUUGGCAUUUCCUCUUUAUUGUGAAACUUCUUUUGCAUCUUCAAGAAAAAUGAGUGAAAUGCGUGAAGCUCCAGAGUGUAGUAUAUAUAUUCGUCAAUUACAUUUUUGUAGCAGAGAAAUGGAUCCAGUCUGUGCAACAAAUGGCAAAACAUACUCCAAUAAAUGCGUUUUCUGCAGUGAAAAAAUAGAACAUGGAAGAUUUGAUUUUAGUCACUGGGGUCGUUGCUGA